CCCCGGCGGCGCGCUCCCCAGGUACCUGCUGCUGCUGGCGCAGGAGCACCUCGAGUUCCGGCUGCCGGAAAUAAAGUCUUUACUUUCUCUUUUCGGAGGUCGAUUCAGUAGCCACCAGGAAAUACAUGGAAAGUCUCCAUUUUGGAUUAUUAAUAUUCCCUCUGAAGAUAUUGCCAGAAACCUGAUGAAAAGGACAGUAUGUGCAAAGUCUAUAUUUGAACUCUGGGGUCAUGGAAAAUCUCCAGAGGAGCUACACAACUCGCUGAAAAAUUAUCCAGUGGAAAAGAUGGCUCCAUUUCUGCAUUCAGACUCUACAUAUAAAAUAAACAUCCACACGUUCAAUAAAACAUUGUCACAAGAAGAAAAAGUCAAAAGGAUAGAUGAACUAGAAUUUUUGCCAUUUGAAGGCAAGGUGAAUUUAAAGAAGCCACAGCAUGUAUUCUGUAUUCUGGAAGAUUAUGGCUUGGAUCCAAACACUGCACCAGAAAGGCCAUUCAAUAUUUAUUUUGGCAGAUGGAUUGCCGAUGGACAGAGAGAGCUCAUUGAGUCGUACAGUGUGAAAAAGAGACAUUUUAUUGGGAAUACAAGUAUGGAUGCUGGUUUAGCCUUCAUCAUGACCAACCAUGGCAGAGUGAAAGAAAAUGAUGUUGUCUUUGAUCCGUUCGUUGGAACAGGUGGCCUUCUGGUGGCAUCUGCCCAUUUCGGGGCAUAUGUCUGUGGAACAGAUAUAGACUACAACACAGUUCAUGGACUGGGGAAGGCCACCAGGAGAAAUCAGAAAUGGAGAGGACCCGAUGAGAACAUCAGGGCUAAUCUCCGCCAAUACGGUUUGGAAAAGUACUACCUGGACGUCCUAGUUUCUGAUGCAUCUAAACCCUCCUGGAGGAAAGGGAUGUUUUUUAAUACCAUCCUCACCGAUCCUCCGUAUGGCAUCAGAGAAUCUACCAGGAAGACUGGUUCACACAAAGAAAUGCCAAGAGGAAUGGAAAGAUGCCCAGAAAGCCACAUUCCAGUUUCCUUGAACUAUCAUCUGAGUGAUAUCUUUUUUGACCUGCUAAACUUUGCGGCUGAGUCCCUGGUUUUAGGUGGAAGAUUAGUGUACUGGCUGCCAGUAUACACACCAGAAUACACAGAAGAGAUGAUACCGCGACACCCCUGCCUGAAACUCAUUAGCAACUGCGAGCAAAGACUUUCCAGUCAUACAUCAAGGCGUCUGAUAACAAUGGAAAAAGUGAAAGAGUUUGAAGACCAGGAUCAAUCCCCUCACCUGUUAGAUAAUCAGUUCCUACCUUACAAGGGUCACAACUCCUUCCGUGAGAAGUACUUCAGCGGGGUGACGAAGCGGAUCGCCAAGGAAGAAAAAGACGGCCAGAAGUGACAAUUAUAUUCAAUUGAAAAGAAGAAAGAAUGACGUUUCUAGGACUUCGGCGGGGAAAGACAUCUGGAUAUGAGCAUGUGAGGAUGGUCCAGAGAACACGUACUGAUUUAAAUGUUUUUAUAGAAAAAAUAAAUGCUACAAGGGAGGUUGAACGACUCUUUUUAAAUUAGCUUUGUUUAUAGCGUAUUUUACUGUACAUGGGUUUUUUUGGAACCUUAUUUAAUUUAUAUUUGUACUUUCAAGUAUUAAUGAAGAUUGACUUAAAAGUUAUAUUUUUUUACCCUUCACUGACACAAGGAAUCGGCCUUGUUGACAUUGUAAACCAGGAACUUCUGGCUGAUUCAGAGUCACUUAGUGGUCAUUUAGAAUUUCUUAUUUGUUUAAUUUGCUCUCGUUUGGUACUGAGAGACAGUCAAAACAAUAAAGCUCACCGCGGGUUCUUAAAA